CCCGGCUGCCGCGGCGGCUGAGCCUGAGGGAGUCGCCGACAGACGACAGACGGGCUCGCUGGCCGCGGAACCGGCGUCCGCGCAGAGCGGACUGGCGGCGGGACUAGAGUGAGGGCAGAACCACUCAGCAACCAUGUCAGCAGAGAUGGAGACCUCCGAAGGGGUAGACGAAUCGGAAGGAAAGAACUCUGGGGUCCUGGAAAAGGAAAACCACCUCAGAAUGGCUGAUCUCUCUGAGCUCCUGAAGGAGGGAACCAAGGAAGCACAUGACCAGGCAGAAAAUACUCAGUUUGUCAAGGACUUCUUGAAAGGCAACAUUCAGAAGGAAAUAUUUAAGCUGGCCACCACCGCACUUUACUUCACUUAUUCAGCCUUGGAGGAGGAAAUGGACCGCAAUAAGGACCACCCAGCCUUUACUCCCUUGUACUUUCCCAUGGAGCUGCACCGCAAGGAGGCGCUAACCAAGGACAUGAAAUACUUCUUUGGUGAAAACUGGGAGGAGCAGGUGCAGUGCUCUAAGGCUACCCAGCGAUAUGUGGAGCGGAUCCACUACAUAGGGCAGAAUGAGCCAGAGCUGCUGGUAGCCCAUGCAUACACCCGCUACAUGGGGGACCUCUCAGGGGGCCAAGUGCUGAAGAAGGUAGCCCAACGGGCCCUGAAACUCCCCAGCACAGGAGAAGGAGUCCAGUUCUACCUGUUUGAGAAUGUGGACAAUGCCCAGCAGUUCAAGCAGUUCUACCGGGCCAGGAUGAAUGCCCUGGACUUGAACAUGAAGACCAAAGAACGGAUCGUGGAGGAAGCUAACAAGGCCUUUGAGUACAACAUGCAGAUAUUCAAUGAACUGGACCAAGCUCGCUCUGCACUGGCCAGAGAGACUGCAGAGGAUGGGAUCCCCGUGCACGAUGGGAAAGGAGAUGUGCGCAAAUGUCCCUACUAUGCUGAGCAGGUCAAAGGUGCCCUGGGGGGCAGCAGCUGCCCUUUUGGAGCAGCCAUGGCUUUGCUAAGGAAGCCCAGCUUCCAGGUCAUUCUGGCUGCUGGUGUGGCUCUGGCAGCAGGACUCUUGGCCUGGUACUACAUGUGAAGGACAACACGUCACACUGGGGGCUUCCUGCCAAGUGACCACAGGCCCAUCUCCACCUCUGAUUAAAUCAUCACCUCAGGUGACUUUUUAAAAUUCUGGGUUUCAGAAAAUAAGAAACCAGUAGAAGCCAGACGCUCAGGCCUCUGCCUAAUAGCAUCCUCUCUGUGGACCAGAUGCUGUACUGGAACUGGCUAGCCCUGUAGAGCAGGGCAGGGCGGCCCAGCCGUCGAGCCAGCUCUAUGCUGGGGCUUCCACACCUCCAGGCCCUCAGCUGUUCCUUUAUUAUUCCCUGUUUUCAGGCUGUCAUCUCCCUGCUGGGAGCAAGUAGCCACUAAGCCCAGGCUCUGUGCAGGGACCCCUUGCCAGACCAGGCUGUUCAACUUCUGAGCCUCUUUUUGGGGGCUUUGGGAUGGACAGAAACCAGGCACUCCCCUCAUUCUCAGAGGCCCCAGGAACUCAUCCCUCUCACACUGAGCCCUUUUGAGAAGUCUUUGCUGCAGCCUGCCUUCCCUGACUUGUGUAACUGCUACAGCACUCAAUAAAGUGGACUCUGCACUCUG